AUGAAUAUUGGAGUCAUGUUCAACAGAAUUAUGGUGCAUACUGUACUCCUUUAUUGUGCAUUGUGUUGCUGCAACGCUGAAUCUGUGAGGCAGAAUAAUAACCUUACGAACGCUGUUUCUCUCAUUGACCCAUGUAAUGACUUCUAUCAGUAUGCCUGCUCUGAUUGGGAGAAUAAACACGCCAUUCCAGAAGGCGAGUCAAGCAUCACAAGAAUGUUGGAAAUCCAAGAUAAUACACUUCGUGACAUCUGGAAAAUAAUUGCUAACGAGUCGUAUUCCACGAACGAUACUCGGUUGACUACUGCUCGUAAAUUCUACAAAUCCUGUGUGAACCAUGAAAAUAUUUCUCUCCAGCAGACUAGAAGACAGACAACUCGUUUGAUAGAAAAAUCAUUUGGCGGGUGGGAUUUGUUGCCAUCUCCUCAAAAUCUAUCCGAAACAUCAACACCAGAACCAGAAGUUGACGAUUUCAGUUUAAAUGAUUUCUACUUUCCAAUUCUGAGCAUAACAGGAGGCUGUCCUUUAUUUUCCAUUGAUAUUAAUGUUGGAAGCCUAGCGAUUCAGGUGGAUGCUGCAAAUAUUGCUCCAAAGUAUUACGAAUAUGCGUAUAAACUGGGAGUAUCUCCAACCGAGAAGAGCAAGUUGCAGGCUGCUUUUGAAUUGCACACACGCUUGUGCCGUAAUCUGUAUUUUGCGAGGAAAUCUGAACUUACUGAAUAUUAUAAAGAAGUUAAAAUGAAUGAAUUGAAGUCAAUCUGUCCAUUGAUGAAUUGGGAAAAGUUGUUUGCAAAAUUGUUUCGACAAAUUGGAUUCGAAUAUUACAAAUCAUUUUCAAUAAUUAUAGCGGACACAACAGCGCUGCAACAUCAGUGUGCCUUACAUGAAAUUGAACUGUCAACGCCCACUGGUAAAAGUACAAUUCAGAAUAUGGCUGUCAUGGACUUCAUGACACAUCUGGCUACCACUACUGAAUUUGAGGUGGAAAGUUCAGAAAGUGCAAAUCCUGAGAUGGACUCACGGCUGAGUCCGAAAUUCUCAGUGUUUUGUAUCAAACGACUGAAAGAUACAUUUCCAUGGACUCUUGAAAAACAUUACGUCGCUCAGUACUUAAAAGAAAGUCAGAGAAAUGAGUUACAGUAUCCAAUUCGUGAAAAUAAAUACAUUGUAAAUGAAUAUUACGCUCUCAAGGCAAACGUGCUCGACACUUACCAAAAAGCAAUAUUUGGUCUGGGAGCAAAAUUGGAUGUGGAAAGAGCAACCUAUAUACCCACAGCCUCCUAUUGGUCCACUGAAAACCGCAUAUCUAUUAAUGGCGCUUUGAUGAAUCCACCGAUCUAUCACGAUAAUCAAACUAUUUUCGAAAAAUAUGGGGGAUUGGGUUGGCACAUAGCUCAUGAAUUAUUGCAUGCUAUUGAUACAUCCGGUAUACUUGUCGAUGAGGAUGGAAAUCAAAGGCCUUACAACACAUCCCACCAUGAAUUUCUUACACUCUUGAAGCAAACAGAAUGUCUACGCAAACAAUACAAAAAUUACAAUUAUACGAGUGAAAAGAGUGCGACAAUCGGAGGCCAGGACGAAAUUCUGUCAGAUAACGGUGGUCUGAGGAUAGCGUACAAGACACUUCGAAGACUGACGAGGAACCUUAGAAAUGGUGCUGAUGAAAACACGAACUCCUCUUUAGCUUCCGAAAAAUCGUUUUUCUUCACUUUUGCUCAGACAUUUUGUGAAAAGUAUAAUGCAGAUGGACUAAUUAAACACAUGAGUGACGCUGAUCAUGUGUUAGGUCAGUACAGAGUAAUCGGUGCCUUGUCAAAUAGUGAAAAUUUCGCAAGAGCAUACAAUUGUCCGGUGGACUCACCAAUGAAUCCAAGCGAAAAGUGUCAAGUGUGGUGAACCAACUGGUGCUCACAGUUCACAAUGAACGCAUAUAUAUUCACUUUCUAAUGGG